GUAUGGUUCCAAAAUCGACGAGCCAAACAUCGAAAACAGGAGAAACAGUUGAACAAAGUAUCCAUCUUAUCCACGACAAAUGCCAUAUCCGACGGCUACACCGCCAUACUCAACGAAUUCAUUUACGAAUCCGAUCACCAACUUCAGUCCGUCGAUCACGCAAUUCUCCUCAGACGAGGACUUUUACCAAAAAUCGCUGGCGCUACGAAUGUCAUGCCAGCCGACCGCAUCGGCGAACAUUGCAAAUCUGAACUAUCCGCAGAGUUAAUCACCGCCGGUCAUGCACGCAGCGUGACGCGAAGCGGACGCGGCGCGAUGCCACGCAGUGCAUCCUUAGUCAAUGAACGGUUUUCUUUAUUCAUUUUUCGAAUUCGAUUUCAUUUUUCGACUGUACCAGUUGUAUAUCCGAGUCGUAAUGUAGUUAUUUAUACUUCUGUCCGAUGUCUGUGUAAAACAUUCUAUAUAAUGAUUAACGUUCGAUAUGGAAUGAGCUUGUUAUUGAUUUAUCGAUCUCAACUAAAAAGGCAGCGAGUCGAUCGACAAUUUUUCCGUAGGAAGCAGUCAGCACUAUUGAAGGAGCUUUCAAGAAGAUCAAAGCCGAAAGUGUAA